ACCAUCAAAACGAAAUUACCUGACGUUCCAGAAAAAUCAGAAAUCACUGCUUAUACUUCUGUCGCUAUACAAGAACAACUAUCCAUUGAAUCGGCACUAGAAACUCUAACAUCUCUACAGUCCACGAAAUUGUUGCCAAUGGAAAUGUUAAACAUAAACAAAAAUGGUGGUCAAAGCUAUGGAUACAUAGUAUAUGGAAAAAACAAUCUUCAUAUACUGGCCAAUGUAGUCUUGAGAAUAGAAGGCAGAGUAUAUGAUACUGUGGUGGUUCUUGUAAAUGGGGUUUUGGUGUCAUCAUGGUUGCAGAAAAGUUCAGAAUUAAAUGAAUUUGGAAUCUUCAGAGUGGAAAAUGGUACAAUGGUUCUCUCAACAGUUCAAUUAUCUGGUGAUACCUUGGACUUGGUGGUGGAAAACUGGGGUAGAGUAAAUGUCAGAGUGUACAAACAAUUUAAAGGUAUUUGGCAAGGAGGUGUUUUGUUGAAUGACGAACAUAUUUCCAAUUGGAUGAUUUUUCCUCUUGAAUUCAAGAAAUCCUGAACCAAUGAGCAGAGUCCAUGGCGAACAUUUGAUAAAUCUGCAACAGGACCAUCGUUAUAUGUAGUCAACAAUCCGUUAAAAGACGAUAUGAGUAGAUGGACAAAAGGAAUUGUUAUGGUGAAAGACUUUGUUUUGGGGAGGAACGCUAGAAUGGGUCCAAUUCAGACAUUGUACUUACCUGCACCUUUUUUGAAACAUGGGAGAAAUGACAUCAUCAUUUUUGAACAUUUCAAGCCUCAUUCUGAGAUAUCUUUCACUGAAGACCACAUAUAUUCUUCUCAUUGAUCCUGUCAAAUGAAUAGUUUGUUAGAGAUAAGAUUUUUUAUUCGUGAAAGAUUAAAAGAAACUCUCGUUACUACAUAUGAAAUGGACUCCAUGAAAUAUUACCCAACGUAAUAUGAACGAAUAUCUCUCAGUAUCAUAAGAUGUCCAAAGAAAAUUCAAGAUAACGACUUCUGGAACAACCUUAUAGUAAAGAUAUAAGAGGCAAUUCUUCAGAAAUAUAUAUGAAAAAAAGCUUGAGGAACGAAACUCUUAUUGUCUCAUUUAGCCAUUUUCAUAUGAAAUCAAACAAAAUAUUUUCAGGACUAUAAUAUAUUUCAUCUCUUCAAUAACAGUCAAUAUAUCCAACAGAAAAUCCUUCAAUCACCAUACACCACACAUCAAAAUUUAAAUUCUCAAUGUACCUAUCACACAGUUCUGAGGCAAAUUAUGCCUUCCUCAAGAAUCUACAACUAAUAUACCAUAUCCCCACGAGGAUUUCAUUUGGAAAACAUAUAUUUUUUCCAAGUUAGCUAGUCUCUUUAAGACAUUAAUGUCAAUUGCCAUGAUAUUGUUCACACCAUUAACUUAACUAAAUAGAAAAAAUACAAUAAAAACAGCAAAUAUAGGUCAAAAAUAGACAAUAUAAACAUCAACUACAAUUGACACUGCCAACAAAAUCCUUAUUGAUAUAGACAUUGAAAUAAAUACAAUAAAAACAGCUCUCAAAAGGCAAAUAAAACUAAAAAUGUAGGUAAUAGAAAUAUCAUUCACAUAUGACAGCUGACACUAAUGGUAUAUAACAUAUGACAGCUGACACUAAUGACAAAUGCACAGCGUAGCCAACAUUGAAGAAUACAUGUUCUCCAAAUGAAAUUCUAGUCCUACAUGAUGUGUUAUAUAAUUGCACAAUACAAGGAUAUUUGAAGAAACAAAUACAUCCGUUAAUAUCUACUACUGGUUUACAAAAUAUAAAAUAUCUGAAAAUGCACUAUUCUGGUCAUAUCUUCCGACGUAAUUAUGAUACAGGAUGGUUCAAAAAUUAGAAAAAAAUUGUUCCUUCAAAUGUACAGGACAAAUCAUUAUUUUAAUAUUUACUUUAGUAUUUUCACUGUACAAUUCCGAUAGUGCAUAUUACAUAUUGACUUUCAGUAAAAUCAUAUAGAUAUAUUGCCUAAUUGUACAAAUAAGAUGUUUAAUAAUGAAAGGCUGAUGAUUUUUUAAUUUAUUUUAAAUACAAUCCUAUCAAAUACAGUAUCAUUUCUUAUUUAUGUUUCAGAGAAAAAAUAACCUUGAAUGCGACUUCUCAACAAUCUCUUCCAUUUGGUGGGUU